AUGGCUUUCAUUGGAGAGGCUCUUAUCUCUGCUUCCGUCCAGGUGUUGUGUGACAGAAUUACGUCACGCGAGUUCUUCGACUUAUUUCGGCAGAAGAAACUCAACGAACCACUCCUCAUGAACCUGACGACGACACUGUUGACUUUGUUCGUUGUGCUCAAUGAUGCAGAGGAGAAGCAACUUGUGAACCCUGCUGUGAGAGAGUGGCUUAACGAGCUCAAGCGUGCUGUCUUUGAUGUGGAGGACUUACUGGACGAGAUCAACACUGAAGCUUUGCGAUGCAAGCUGGAAGCUGAGGAUCAAACCCACAAAUUAACCAAUAAGGUGUGGAACUUACUCCCUUCUUCUCGUAAUCAUUUUUAUCAAAGCAUGAAUGUUAAGAUACAAGAGUUAUUGCAAAGAUUAGAAAACUUUGUACAACAGAAAAUUGCUCUUGGUCUGGGAGAAGUUGCUAGGAGGAAGGUUUCACAUAGAACUCCAACAACUUCCUUGGUUGAUGAACCUUGUGUAUAUGGUAGAGAUGAAGUCCAAGAAAAUUUAUCAAAACUGUUGCUAUCUGAUGAUGCAAGCAAGGAAGAUGUGUCUGUCCUCACAAUUGUUGGAAUGGGUGGGGUUGGCAAGACAACCCUUGCUCGAAUGCUUUACAACAACAAUAAGGUAAAAGGGCAUUUUACGCUUCAAGCUUGGGCUUGUGUUUCAGAAGACUAUAAUGCUGUUAGAAUAACUAAAAUUAUUCUUGAGUCAGUCACUUCAAAGCCUUGUAAUACGACAUAUAUGAAUUUGCUUCAAUUUGAAUUAAGAGAACAGUUGAGGGAAAGAAAUUUUUAUUUGUGUUGGAUGAUCUAUGGAAUGAAAAUUAUGGUGAUUGUAAUAACAUGGAACAAAAAUGCGGCAUCUUUAAUGAAAAAUGUUCCCAUGCAAAGCUUGGAACCAUUGUCACAUCAAGACUGCUGGUUGUUACUUGCUAAACAUGCUUUUCGAAAUGAAAACUAUAGUGCAAAUUCAAACUUGGAAGACAUUGGCAAGCAAAUUGCUCUCAAGUACAAAGGGUUGCUUUUAGCAGCACAAACACUUGGGGGUUUGUUACGUUGCAAUAUAGAUUCUGAGGAGUGGAAUAGAAUACUAAAUAGUAAUAUUUGGUACCUACCCUAUGGUACAACUGACAUUCUUCCGGCUCUAUGGUUGAGUUAUUACUAUCUCCCCGCUCAGUUAAAGCGAUGCUUUGUUUAUUGUUCAAUUUUUCCAAAGGAUUAUGAGUUUGAAAAGGAAGAUGUAAUUCAAUUAUGGAUGGCAGAAGGCUUAGUUACACAAGUUGAUAAUGGGAAGAUUAAGGAAUCAGUGGCUAGAAAAUACUUUGAUGAGCUAUUAUCCCGUUCGCUGUUUCAAAAGUCAAGAGAAUUCGGUUUCACAAUGCAUGACCUCAUUCAUGACUUGGCUAUAUUCAUCUCUAGAGGGUUUUGCCUUAGGCUGGAAGGUGUGGAAUCAAGUGAAGUUAAAAGAGCUCGUCAUUUGUCAUAUGCUAGGGGAGAAUUUGAUGUUGCUAAAAAAUUUGAGCCAUUAUAUGGGGCUAAGUGUUUGCGGACCUUCCUACCUACCUCUUUAAAUCCAUAUAUAUUUUGGGAAAAAGAUUUUGUAAGUAAAAAAGUUCUACAUGAUUUGUUGCCAUCACUAAGAUGUUUACGGGUGUUAUCACUAUCAUGUUAUCAAAAUGUCACUGUGUUACCUGAUUCUGUUGCAAACGUCAUUCACUUGCGCUACUUGGAUCUUUCUCAUACCGCAAUUGAAAGGUUACCUGUUGUACUUUGCAAUCUCUACAACUUGCAGACAUUACUAUUGUCAAAUUGUUCCUCUCUUCUUGAAUUGCCUAUAGACAUUAUAAAAUUGAUUAAUUUACAGAAAUUGAUGUUGGGAGGUUGUAUAUCUCUUAUUAAAUUGCCUGCAGGCAUGAAGGAGUUGAUUAAUUUGCAUCAUCUUGAUGUUAGUGGAACUAAAAUUGAAGAGGUGCCGGUGCAAAGGGGUAGAUUGAAAAGUUUGAGAACAUUGACUGCAUUUGUUGUGGGAAAAUCUACUGGGUCAGGCAUAAGAGAACUGAGGGAGUUCCCACAGCUUCAAGGAAAACUAUCAAUUUUGAAGCUACAAAAUGUAGUUGAUGCGAGGGAUGCACUGCACGCCAAUAUGAAGCACAAGAAAGAUCUCAAGGAGUUAGAGUUUUCAUGGGGUGCGAAGGAUGCUGAUGAUUCCCAAAAGGAGAAAGAUGUACUCGACAAGCUCCUACCUUGUGUGAAUUUGGAGAAAUUAACCAUCAGAUUCUAUGGUGGAACCAAUUUUCCGAAUUGGCUAGGAGACUCGUCUUUUUCUAACAUACAAGUCAUGCAUCUCAGUGACUGUAGUUAUUGUUGGUCGCUCCCACCAGUUGGGCGGCUACUAGCACUCAAAGAACUCUGUAUAGAAAGAAUGAAGUUUGUGAAGACGAUUAGCGUUGAAUUCUAUGGCAGAAAUGGAGCUUAUCUGAUUCAGCCAUUUCAAUCUCUGGAGAAGCUGGAGUUUAGGGAGAUGCCAGAGUGGGAGGAAUGGGUGCCAAGUGGAAGUGCAAGUGGAGGUGAAUAUGGUCCAGACUUUCCUCAUCUCCAGGAGCUGAUUCUAAACAAUGUCCGAAGCUGA